AUGGAUAAUAUUUUUAUUAAUUCACCUAUUAUAAAAGACUACUACAAUAUAAAGGAUUUUUUUUUACAUAUAGAUAAUGAAAUACACCUUACAGAAUUAGCCUUUCCUUGUGAUUAUAAUACCUAUGGACACUUUUGUUUAUCAAAUGAAGACAUAAAUAAAAUGAUGUGUACAGAAGAGAAUAGAUUUGAGAAAUAUAAUAUAGAAAAAGAAAAUGAAGACAAGAUUACGAAUUAUAUUUAUCAAACUAGAUAUAGUAGAUAUAGUAAAUAUAACAUAAAAAUGGAUGAAUAUACAUUAAGAAGAAAUGAUUAUGUUAAAGAUGAUAAGGUAUAUUAUAAUCCAAAUCAUCAUAAAACUAAUAGUAUAACAAAUUAUAAAAACGAUGAUAUAAAUAAAAAAUCAGACAACAACAAAUAUUUUGAUGAGGAUAUUUUUAUAUUUAAUAUGUAUAAAAAUAUGGAAGAAAGAAAUAUUAGAAAAAAUAUAAAUAGAUAUAAUCCAAUUAAAGAUGAUAAUAAUAAUAUGUAUAGAAAUAUCCUUUUCGAACAUUCUCACAAAAAUAUAAUGUUAAGAGAAUAUGAUAAAACGAAAAAUAUAACAUUUAAUCCAUAUGGUACAUAUUUUUUAACAUAUCCUUUUUAUAUUUUAAAUAAUAAUAAAAAGGAGAAAAGAAAAAUUCCUAAUAUGCCAUAUCGUAUACUAUCUGCUCCUGAGCUUAUGGAUGAUUUUUAUUUAAAUUUAUUAGAUUGGUCAAAAAAAAAUAUUAUUGCAACGGCCUUAUGUGAUAAAUUAUAUUUGUGGAAUAAUAAUACGUGUACAAAUCAGAAAUUAUUUGUUGCGAACAAAAUAGAAAAGGACAUAGAACAAAAAGAUAAAGGCGAUGAUAAAAGAACAGAGAAGAAGAAUGAUAAGGAUAAAAAAGAAAAGAGAAAAUCAAAUAAUUAUCAAUAUAAUCAAAAAUGUGAAUCUAUUGAAAUUUUAAAACCAUCAGAAAAAAACAAGCCCCAAAAAACCAUAAGCUCUUUAAAAUGGAAUAUAAACGGGAAUUUGCUGGCAACUGGUUUAUCAAACGGUGUUGUAGAAAUAUGGGAUAUAGAGAAAUGUGUAAGAAUUAGAAAAUAUAAAAAUCAUAAAUCAAGAGUUAAUACAUUAUGUUGGAAUCAUAAUAUAUUAACAUCUGGUGGUCGAGAUAAUAAAAUUAUAAAUAGUGAUAUCAGAAGUAAAGAAAUUUAUUAUAUUGAAUUAACAAAACAUAAAUCUGAAAUAUGUGGUUUAGAAUGGAAUGCAGAUGGUACAUAUUUAGCUUCAGGUAGUAACGAUAAUAGUAUAUAUAUAUGGGAUAAAUAUACAAAUAAAUAUUUAUUUCAUUUUCAAAAACAUAAAGCAGCAGUUAAAGCUAUCGCUUGGUGUCCUUAUAAAAAUCAUAUCUUAUCUAGUGGAGGAGGUUCAGUAGAUAAAAAAAUUUUCUUAUGGAAUAUAAAAACAGGAAAAUCUAUAAACGAAAUUUAUACAAAAUCUCAAGUAUCUAAUAUUAUAUGGUCUAUAAAUACUUCCGAACUUAUAUCAACUCAUAGUAAUUCAUUAAAUCAAAUUAUCUUGUGGAAUUUACCACAACUUAAAAAAGUUACUACAUUCAGAGGACAUAAAUCAAGAGUACUAUAUGCAGCCUUAAGUCCUGAUGGUACUUCUAUUGCUACAGGAUCACCUGAUCAAACCAUAAGACUAUGGAAUAUAUUCCCCAAAUGUGGAGACAAAAGCAUAUCCCUAUUUUUUCCCCUAUCAAAUUGUUACAACACAGUGAGGUAA